CAGAGCCAGGGGCGAGCUUGGGUGUGCCCUGCAGGCGUGGGGGUGUAGAGGCCUGGCCUGGGUCCGGCUGGCGGCCGAGCAGAUGGCGAACGGGGAGCUGGACGAGGAGAGCCUGCAGGAGCUCUACAGCUGGGUGGAUGCCGUCCCCCUGUCCCGCCCCAAGAAGAACAUCACCCGGGACUUCAGCGACGGAGUUCUAGCAGCAGAAGUGGUGAAAUUUUACUUUCCCAAAAUGGUGGAAAUGCACAAUUAUGUCCCAGCUAAUUCAACGCAACAGAAACUCUCCAACUGGGGCCAUCUCAACAGGAAGGUGCUGAACAAGCUGAAUUUCUCCAUCCCGGAAGAUCUGAUCCGGAAGAUUGUACAGUGCACGCCUGGCGUGGUGGAGCUGGUGCUACUCCCACUGCGGCAGAAAAUCAAGGAGAAGCAGAAACAGAGCAAGGUGGCAUCUGGCACAUAUCAGGAGCUGGGCACACGCUAUGCACUCCAUGAGAAUGGCCAUAUGGAAACAGGCUAUUCGUCGAAGCCAAAGACCAGUGCCGCAGGGAUCUACGUGCAGCAGUCCCCACGAGCGGAAAGGAUGAACAAGGGCCAGCAAGGCUAUGCCCAGGCACUGCCGGGAGACACCAGCUUUCGCAUUCAGUUAGCGGAGAGGGAGCAGGCUCUGCUGGCUUGUCAAGAGACGGUCCAGAUCCUGCAGAUGAAGGUGCGGCGGCUGGAACACCUGCUCCACCUGAAGAACGUUCGGAUUGAUGACCUCACGAGGCGCCUACAGCAAGUGGAGCAGAAACAGAAAUGAGGCGGCACUCGGUUUCCCUCCCACGCCCUUCCCUGCGACUCUCACACCCUCAGAACCUCUCACAGGCACACUUGUAAGAGCCGGCGUUCCUGUGCCUCUCCCACUGCUAAUCUCUCCUCCUGGGCUUGGAGAGACCGAGUUGUCCCAGGCAGGACUGGUAGAGUUUGAAUUUGAAAAAUGACAUAGGGCUCCCAGUUACUUACAAUCCAAGGGCAACACUGAGGGGAAAAAAUAAGGCCUGGAGUCCAAGAGUGAAAAAUGCAGAUGCACAAGCACAGGUAGCAAAUGCACAUCUAGAAGUUCACCUGGAAUUGUGCCUGAGCGUGUUGUAAUUGUCUAAGUGCACCGGUGCUUGUGCAUGCAUUUGUUAGUCACGUUUAUGCAUCUGCAAUCAAUCGGCUUUGCAUUCAUUGCAAUUAUGGACAUGGACCUGCAGUUGUGCAUGCACUUAGACAAUUGCAAGAAAUGCGAGUGCAAAUGUGCCCUCACAAACGUGCCGGAAGGUGAUCGGGCUGAGGCAGUAUUUGGAGCGCCGGGUUUUCUAUCUAUAACCAAGUCCAGUGACUUUCACUCCGAAUAUCGACUCCUUUGCUUUCCAGGCUUUAGUUCCAGGCCACCCCUUUGCCUGUUAAUUGUUUUAAAGAGCCCCAAACCACCCCCUUUUCUUCCAGCUGGUGGCUCCUGGGUGACCGCUGAUGCAUGGGGAAGGAAUGGAUCAUUCCCAAGGAUGCUUUUCUACAGGCGCGAUCCUGGAGCCCUCACGCAGGGACAACUCCCACUGCAGGCUGAGAGUCUGUCUGCGCAGCACAAGCUGGGCACAGGGCAGCCUACCUGAGCCAGCGUGAAUCCAGCGAGUGCAGGUCACGUCUCCAUGAAGCCAACGCAGCACAGGCUACUGAGCAGAAUGCGUGGCCAGGCUCUGGGCCGGGCCGCACUACCCAGGCUGACGCCCCUCCUGCUCUGUCUUAACUGCUGUUACCCAUGCUAGCCAGCUCGGGUAGGCUAGCCCACGCCAGCUGGUGCUGUGUAGACACACCCUGAGUAAGGCUCUCUGGGAUCAGGCCCUGUGGAGAUCAGUCGCUGCCACCCAUUGGUCAGUUUACUCUGGGCUCCAUUGGGAUACAAGCAUGAAAAGACGCUUCGCUCCUGGCUCUCUGCUCCUAACAGUUUGGGGUUCUGCAGCCCGUGGGUGGGUUCAAAGGCUGUCUGAGUAGAAAGGGGCCAUCUCUGCCAUGGUCCAAGGGCUGACAAUAGCAACAGGAGCAGGGCUGACCAAGCACAGUCACAGAGAAGCCUCCUGCUGGCCCGCGGCUGCUCUCAGACACGAAAGCUACAAACUCAGGGCCAGCCCCUCACCUGCUGUAACCAGGAGUAGCUGUCCUGGGGUCAAUGGGCCAGGUCCCGGCUGCUGUAACCAGGAGUAGCUGUACUGAAGUCAGUGAAGCGAUGCUGACUUGCAUCAGUGGGAAUCUGGCCCAUCAAUGAUCUUCUAGCCGGGGAUGGGACCGAGCUGCCGUAGCUGGCCCUGCAUUCUGAACGCGUCCGAGCUGGAUAAAGAGCCGCGCCUUGGCCCAAAGGGAGCCCGCAUGUGGGUUCAGACUGACACCGCCUGAAAUUCUGAGGGGUGUGGGUCAGAGGCUGGGUUCAGGCCCCGCUCUGCUACCUUCUCUACAGUCAGUGCAGCUACGUCACUAUUGCUUGGCACAACACACUUGCCUUCAGCUUCCUGCGGUCCCGGAAAGCUGCCAAAUUCCCACACCAGCCCCAGUGACUCCCCUGGGAGGGAGAAUGCCCCAUUGAUCUCUGGGGAGUUAGUCCUGGUUUGCAGCAGGGUCAGGGAGAGCAGAGUCUGGCCCCGUGUUUCUCCAAGGCAGCAGGAGCAGCAUAAAGAUGCCAUUAAGAAGCAGCUGAUGGGAACGCUCAGGUUAGGAACCAUCCUGCUCACUGGUAGGGCCUGGAAGUGGCUCCCAUCUGAUGAGCGCCCAGUGCCAGCAGGCCCUGAUCCGGCACCCACUGGUGUCAUUGGGACUAUUCCCACUGACCUCAACGGCCCCUCAGGAUCCCACUCCAGUUCCGAAUGGAGGGGGUCCAUCAGGGCCAGGGCAACCAGCAUGAACUGGGCCCCUCCUUGGCAGCCUCAGAGAGACCACGGACUGAUUGAGCCAAGAAGACUGAAUUCCCCAGACAUCCGUUCUGGCUGGGCCAGUGCAGGGAAGUUUGCCCUGCCGUACCCUGAAGACCUGCUAGGGUCUUCAGCCCCCAGGGCUGUCAAGCCGACACUAAACUGAGCAAGGGAAGUAACUUUGCUGCUUUCCCGUAUGUUCCUGUGUGGCGAGGGGGGCGGCGUCCCUUUGUCUUUGUAACUCGGGAUUCUGGAUCAGGGUCCUUGCCUCUCUGGAGUCCGUCUGCUCCUCCUGCACCUUCUCCUUGCCUCACUGGUGCUGACAGCACUGCAAGCACAGCUGGCAACAGGAGGUGGAGUAAAAUCUCCUCUGAUCUUUAAUCUCUGUUCCAUCUUGUGCACCCUGCCAUGGCAGUCGAUACCUCCGUGUCACGCAGGCUGAAAGAGCAGAAUGCCAAGCAAAGCAUGGGAGAGAAAAUAUAGGCCACAAAUUAUCCACUUUGCUGCUAGACCUGCUGGUCACCUCCACCAAUAUCCAGGUAUCAGGUGCUUGGGGGGCACAACCCAGCUGGGUAUGUACUUCAUCAUCUGCCAAGGGGACCCCCCACUUAUCUACCAUAUGGACCUCCAUAUCUAUCAUAUGGACCUCAUUAUGUACAAUAUGGACUUCAGUAGCAACCAUAUGUAUACCGUAUCAUCUCAUGAUGUUCCAUUGCUAUUUCAAUGGAGCGUAGCAGACCAGAUGCUGGAGCCAAGGGGUUAGGUUGUCCUGGGUUGUAAAACAUGGCACUCUCUGGUGGCUACACCUUCCUAGCUGAUCAGCACCCAUGUGCUAAUUUUCCAGACUGGGGCUGGCACUUAAUCAAUUGUUGAUGAUGAUGUUUUAAUCGUUUUAUUUACCAAUCUCUGUUUAGAUGAUUGUGCUGCUGUUUGGUGUGGACUCUGCUGUUGCCAUAACCCAGGGGGUUAAUUGUAUAAGGGUUGCCUGUAUCGUUUUUGGU